AUGGCUGCCACCAUGAAGCUGUCACUCACCUUCAUCCUCCUCCUCUCCUCCGGGCUCGUGGCCGUGCUCGGGGAUGGCGGAGACUGCGGGCCGACCUGCGAAACCAUCCGGUGCAUCCAGGGCGGGAACAUCACCUGCGCCAACCGCCCCGGCGAGGUGAUCCAAGGGUGCCACUGCCUCUGCGCGCCCAAGAACGGCAGGGGCUGCGUGCUCCACCUCCAAAGCGGCACCAAUGAGAACUGCCCCAGGAGGACUUGCUGAAUCAUGUUAGAUACGCCCCAGGAUGCCAAAACGAAUUGCUGAAUCACGUUAGAUACACGCCGCACUCGUCUUGCUCAUCUAUGCUCUGGAGUAUCAAUUCAAUAAAGAUACGAGUGUGCUGUUGAGUAAUUUACGAAAAGAGUGCAGGUUUAUGUGUAUAAUAUUUGUAUGGUCUGUCAGUUUAAUUAGCAGCUCAAUAUGAUCCCAUACGGCGCAAAGCCCAGAGAAUAAAAAGAUCAACCUAGAAAGAC